AUGGAUCCCUCAGAGGAGAAUGUGUAUGAGACCCCAGAGGUCACCUAUGAGAACCAGUCGUCAGGUAUAUACGACGUGACCUACGAGGUGCCAUACCAGGAGCCCUCAGACCUGACACCAAAGUAUGAGAACACUGGACGGGCCAUAGGAACAAUACCAGCUCCCCCUUCUCUCCCACCACCUCAACUACCCACCGAGGACAGGCGAGGCAGUUCAUCCUCUUCCUCAUCCUCCUCGUCUUCCUCACAUGUUACAGAUGAAGAGAAAGGGGAGGUGGAAGCCUGGAAUAGGGUGGAGGACAUGGAGGAGAAGGCGCAGGAGGAGAAGGCGCAGGAGGAGAAGGAAGAAGAAGAGGAGAAGACAGAAGUGGAGGAGAGCAGCAAAGAGCUCAAAUGGGAGAGGGGGUCUCCAGAAAUGGAGGUGGACGGGAGGAACUCAUCACGCAGGUCCUCCUCAUCAUCGUCCUCAUCCUCAUCAGCCUCUGAGAAGGAGACAGUGGAGGAGAAGCCACAGCAUGAAAAUGAUGAACUAAAGGUCUCACUUUUUGUUAAGGCUGGGAGUGAUGGGGAGAGCAUUGGAAACUGUCCAUUCUCUCAGCGCCUCUUCAUGAUCCUCUGGCUGAAAGGAGUAGUCUUUAAUGUUACCACUGUUGAUCUCAAGAGGAAACCGGCUGACCUUCACAACCUGGCCCCAGGGACACACCCGCCCUUCCUCACCUUUCAGGGGGAGGUUCUCACUGACGUCAACAAAAUAGAGGAGUACUUGGAGGCAAUGCUGGCACCACCAAAGUAUCCCAAACUUGCAGCAAAGAACCGUGAAUCCAACACAGCAGGAAACGACAUAUUUGCCAAGUUCUCAGCCUAUGUCAAAAACACAAGACCAGAUAAACAUCGAAGUUUAGAGAAAAGUCUUGACAAGGCCUUGGCUAAGCUGGAUGAGUAUCUGAUGAGUCCGCUACCUGAUGAGGUUCAAGAGGGACGCAACAGUGGAAAGGGAGAAUCUACUCGCAAAUAUCUGGACGGCGAUGAGCUGACAUUGGCUGACUGCAACCUUCUGCCCAAACUCCAUGUUGUCAAGGUGGUUGCGAAGAAAUACCGAAACUAUGAUAUCCCGUCCGAGUUCAGAGGGGUGUGGCGUUAUCUUGGCAACGCCUACAGCCGAGAUGAGUUCACCAACACAUGCGCAGCUGAUGUGGAGAUCGAGUUAGCCUAUAAGGACGUAGCCAAGAGGCUGGGAAAAUGAAUUCGUCUCAACCACAGUCCCUAUUGUACCUUUCUUCUUCUUUCCUGCUAUUAAAACUGAUAGACCAGACAAUGUUGUUGGAAAAUGUUAAGAAUGUGUUUAAGCCAAAGUAAUUUGUCUUUCAUCGGGGCAGUGUCAGCUUCACAGUCACCCAGUGUAUUUCAAAUUAAAACUUUACGUUCAAACUGAUAAAUAAGGCUAUAAUGAAAAGCUGUUGUGUUGACAUGUUUAGUGCAAACUGAUGAUAGUGAAUGUCAUUUUAAUCAUGAGUGCCUUAGUAGGAAUCAAGCUCUCCUCUGAUUUUAGCUCUUUAUGUCUGUACAGUAUAUUAUACAUAUUUGAAUGUAAUUAUUGAAGGAUGCUUCCUGCCCCGUGGAGCUGUAUGAUAAUGAUAUAAACUUAUAUUAAUAUGUCUGUAAAUGAUUAUAGCUCAACUAUAUUCAUAACCUCUCUGAUGAUUAGAACCAUAACCCCACUGUGUAUAUGUCACUUAUUUGAAUAGUAAAUCUAUUUUCUCAGAGACUGUGCUUGAGAGUUGUGGUUUUUCACAUGAAACUG